CCAGAAGUGGUCGCUCUUGCCUGCCUCUAACUUGACGCCAGUGUUAUCGGUGUCGGGAUUCAGUGUGGCAGCAGGGGGAAAUCUGGGAUAUCUGGGAAAGGGGAGUCGGUGAAAAACCCGGACUAAACCGGCAGAAAUCCCGACGAAGCUUCGCCCGUUACGACGCGGGGUCUCCCGGCGGACGCCUCUCCACCGUCUCCCCGCUGCUGGCUGCGGUCUUUCUCCCAGAUAUCUCCCCGGAUCCGCACGAUGGACCAGUUGUCGGAUGAGGAGGUGGAGGUCAGGGAGGAAGAGGAGGAGGAAGAGGAGGACAGCGACAAGGAGGACCAGGACCUGGAUAAGAUGUUUGGAGCCUGGCUGGGAGAGCUGGACAAACUCACGCAGAGUCUGGAUGACGGUCGCCCGGAGCGGCCUCCUCAGCAGAAAGCGCCCCUCAGACAGGAGACCAACAUGGCCAACUUCUCCUACAGAUUCUCCAUCUACAACAUCAAUGAGGCGUUGAAUCAGGGGGAGAACGUGGAUCUGGACGCUCUCAUGGCUGAUCUCUGCUCCAUCGAACAGGAACUCAGCACUGUCAACGCAAAGCCUCACGGCGCUGGCGGCAUGGCUCGCCUGGGGCUGACCGACACCAAGGUCCGUCAGAAACCUCCAGCAGGGCGCAGUAGCAGGCAGCAGCCAGCAGGGAGCGGCGGCGGUGGCGGCGGCGGCGGCGGCAGCUGUAGCAACAGUGUCAGCGGCGGGGGGGGCAGCAGCGGGGCAAGCAGUAGCAGCAGCAGCACCAGGGCGUCGCCUGCCGGCACUAUCAGAGCUCCCGCCGGGCACCACGGGAGAACGGCGCUGGCCUCUAACUUCAGUCUGGACGACAUCACGGCCCAGCUGGAGAAGGCGUCUCUCAGUAUGGACGAAGCCGCUCGUCAAACCUCCUCCCACUCUCUCGGCUCCGCCGCCGCCUACGCAUCGGCCACGAUGCGGCGGCCCGUGUCCUCUCAGCGCCAGCAUCGACGCACGGGAUCAGUUGGCACGGUCAGCGAACAUGAGGUGCAUUCAAUUGUCCACUCCUCGCGCUCCUCCGUCACCUCGGCAUCUGGGGUCUCCGUCAACUCCGCUUCUUCCAUGGAUUCGUUGGACAGUGUCCUCCGCACCAGCGAAUCAGACGGUCAGCAGUCUUCGGUUCCGGCGGAGGGAGCCAGCCGAGGUCACCACAGCACAGAGCACUCCUAUCUGGACAGGGAAACCUCUCUGAUUCUGAGAAACAUAGCAGGAAAACCUACCCACCUGCUGACCAAGGAGGAGCAGGCUGCCAAACUAAAGGCAGAAAACAUCCGAGUCGCCCUGGAGAAGAUCAAGGAGGCCCAGGUGAAGAAGUUGGUGAUCCGCGUUCAUCUGUCAGACGAGAGCUCGAAGACCAUGAUGGUGGACGAGAGACAGACGGUCAGACAGGUUCUGGACAGUUUGCUGGAGAAAUCUCACUGUGGCUACAGUCCAGACUGGUCUCUGGUGGAAACCAUCAGCGAGCUGCAGAUGGAGCGGAUCUUCGAGGAUCAUGAGAACCUGGUGGAGAACCUGCUGAACUGGACCAGAGACAGCCAGAACCGCCUGAUGUUCACAGAGCGCAUCGAGAAGUAUGCCCUGUUCAAAAACCCCCAGAACUAUUUGUUGGGGCGGAAGGAGACGUGUGAGAUGGCUGAAAGAAACAAAGAGGCGCUGUUAGAGGAGUGUUUCGGCGGCAGCUCGGUGUCCGUCCCGGAGAUGGAGGGAGUGUUGUGGCUGAAAGAGGAUGGGAAAAAGUCGUGGAAGAAACGCUACUUCCUGCUAAGGGCCUCCGGCAUCUACUACGUCCCCAAGGGCAAGGCCAAGGCGUCCAGAGACCUGGUGUGUUUUCUCCAGUUGGAUCAUGUUAACGUCUACCACGGCCAGGACUACAAGAGCAAGUACAAGGCUCCUACAGACUACUGCAUGGUGCUGAAGCACCCUCAGAUCCAGAAGAAGUCGCAGUACAUCAAGUACCUCUGUUGCGAUGAUGUCAGAACCCUCCAACAAUGGAUCAACAGCAUUCGCAUCGCCAAGUACGGGAAGCAGCUGUACAUCAAUUUCCAGGAGGCAAUGAGGAGGACGGAGGCGGCCUACGACUGGUCUUCCCUCUCGUCUUCCUCCAUCAAGUCAGGAUCCAGCUCCUCCAGCCUUCCAGAGUCUCAGUCCAACCACUCCAGCCAAUCGGACAGCGGCGUUUCAGAGAUCAUGUCAACGGGCCACACCCGCUCCCAGAGUGUUGUCAGCUCCAUCUUCUCCGAUGCCUGGAGGAGAGGGACGCAAGGAGAGAUGAUGAAGAUCGACCCUAUCAGUAGGCCUAUCCCUCUCCAGAUACCUACCCUCUCCCCCCAACCCCUCCCUCUCUCUCAGCCUCAGACCCCACCCUCCCGGACCAGCUACACUGACGGCCUCAUCCCAUCUGAGGAUUCCUCCCCAUCACCACCCUCGCCUCCUCCACCUCCACCUGUCGUCGCAAGUGUGGCCCUUCAGCCAGCACCUACCUCCUCAUACGUCAAGUACAGCACACUGGCUCGCCUGCAGAGCCAGAACCAGUCAAGGACACAGUUGCCAGGAGCCACCACACCCGCCCUUCCGAUCCAGUCUACCAAACCAAACUACAAUACCCUCCCAGCUGCUUACAGCACCUACCCUCCAUUACCACCAUCUCCACCAUCUCCUCCCCCUCCUCCUCCACCCACAGUGCCGAUUCCUGGCUCAGCCAUGGCUGUAUUGAAAUUUGGUCCACCAAGCCCCUCUGCUCUCCCACCACCACCCCCACUGGAGGAGGAGUUGCAGGAGCCCUCCUACCUCCCACCUCCUCCACCAGAGAGCCUGGAGGCCAAUGGGUUGCCGCCUCCUCCCCCUCCAGAGCCCAUCCCCAACUCCUUCCCACAACUCUCCAACACUGGCCUCCAGCAGUUCCUGGCACAAAAGUUUCCCAACAUGGUGUACGACUUUAGCCCGGCAGUAAGCGACGAUAAUUCUCCUCCUCCUCCACCACCUCCAGCUGAGCUUUCUCCUCCUGCCUCCCUGCAGGCUCUACAGCCUCUGUCCCCCAAGCCCCCCCCUGCCCCUCCCAAAACCUUUACUGGUGGUUUUCCCCCUCAAACUGCUCCCAAACCUUCAGGUCCCUCUUCCCUUCCAAUUGCCCUCUCACCUGUGUCACCAACACCUCCCCAUAGUGGCCACGGGCCAGUUAAAAAGCAGCAGAGUUUCUCAACUGGACAUUCCCCGAAUCAGGCACCUCCCACUCUGCCAAAGCAGCACAGCCUCUCCUCCAAAAACCUUGCUCUCUCUCCUUCUUCCGCCUCUACUGCCGUCUCAAUUGCGGCCGCUACCUCUUCUUUGGUCAAACAGAUUGUCAAUCAGUUCCCAGGUAAUGCUGCCCCUUCCUCUCUGUCUGCCUCCAACUCCAUGGAAGGAUCUAAAUUCACUGCUCCUCAGUCUCCUCCAGCGGUCAAGGCCAAACCAAAGUGGCAGCCAGGAGGGGUUGUAGCUCCACAGUCCCCAGAGUUCCCCCCACCACCUCCUGACAGCUCCCUAGGAGAUUUCCCUCCUCCUCCUUCAUCCUCCUCCAAGACGGGCUCCCCUAUAAAAAAGUCGCCUUCCACCUCAUCCACAGGAUCCACCAAGCGAGGGCCUCCGCCAACCCCCCAGCGAGCUUCCUCCAUCCGGUCUAGUUCUGGCGAGACCCAAGAUGAAAGGCCAAAGAAGGUGGAGAGCCUGGUGAACAAAUUUGGUCAAGCUCCUCAGACAGGUACCUCGUCCAGCUCCUCGUCAGCGACAGGGUCUCCUUCAAAGGAUUCCCCUGCACUUCCUGCUCCACUCCCUAAGCCGGGGAAGCUGAACUUGGCGAACCUCCCAUUGGCGCUCCAGGGGCUGCAAACGGGCCAGCACCAUCAGCCUUCUGACUUCCCAUCCCCUCCUCCCCCACCUCCCCCCUCCCAGCCUCUACACCUAGAGUCAUCUCCUGACUACUUCCCGCCUCCCCCCAGUGACUUUGAGCUUUUCCCUCCUCCUCCCCACCCAUCAGAGUUCCAUCAGCCCCCUAAGGUCGCUGUUGUGAACCCCCAGCCUCAGAUGCAGCCUCAUCAACAGUCAGCAACCUCCUCCUUGUCGUCUUCAUGGAAACAAAGCUCGCUGAAAAAGGGGGCAGUCCCUCCUCCAACACUGAACCGGCGGACCAGCACCGUGACCCAGUAUGACAAUACAACUUCAGUGCCCCUCUCACCGCCACCUCUGUCUCAGACACCACCACCUUCCCUGUCCUCUUACUCUUCCUCUUCUGCUCCUGUGCCCCCCACCUCCCCCAAAUCAGCAGGGCCGGUCUCCCUGGCACUAAAGCCUCACUUCCUGGAAGACCUCAACCGCACCCUUAAGAGGAAGUCAGUGUCUCGCCACGGCUCACUCACCUCUUCCCACCUCAUCUCCUCCUCUAAGAUGGAGCCCGUGGGCACCAUGGACGACAUGGCACUCCUCCCGCCACCCCCUCCGGAGCUCCUGCAGCAGCAGCAGCAGGGUGUCCGAGGACACUCCCACACUUUGUCUCGCCACCACACGCACUCCCACUCCACCAAACAUGCCAACAUCUCAGGCUAUGCAACGCUGCGGCGAGGCCCUCCUCCCGCUCCUCCAAAAAGGGACCAAAGCACCAAACUGACCAGUGAGUGGUAGGGAGCAAGGACACUGGGUGGAGCCUAAAGAACUGAACUGACUAUUUAGGUCUCUUCGUUACGGCAGAGAAGAAAUAAUCAAUGUCUGUCUUGACUUGUCUGUCUCUCUUCAUCCUAAAACAUCCACCCUUGGAUCUCCAAGCAAGUAGCAAGCCCUGUUUCCUAACCCUAAUCUCAGAUUAUGAUUGUUCCUAUAUCCUCAUUAUUACUAUCAUUACCAAUACAUGUUUAAUCCAAUGACAUGAUUAAAUAUAUA